AUGGUCCAGAAAUGCGAAUCAUCUCAAGACAACUCUAGUCACAUCAAAGCCGAUGUCAUAAUACUAGGCUGUAGUCUACCAGGAAUUGUGACAGCUCAUAAACUGAAGAAAAAAUUUGGUAACACAAUGGACAUAGUCGUUCUAGAUCUAGCUGGUAAACAGUCAAAGGAAUCAAAAUGUAAUGUAGCUUUUCAGGAGGAAGAUAAUGAAGAAAGCAAAGAAAUACCCUAUGAAGGUACUGCAAAAGAAGUUAUAGGUAAUAUAGCGAGGCAUUACCUUACUAUGUUUGGGAAGGACUUUGAUAUCCCUUUACCAGACGCUAUAAUAUCACCUGAAAAAGUAAAAACUCCCUUAAACAAACUAUUUGAAUAUAAAAAUGGAAUGACUGUCGCCUGUGUUCGAGAUUUUCAUGACUUCGAUUAUUUAAACAUCUUAGAAAAGUUUGAGUUAAAUCAAUAUCAAAUUCUACUUGAUGAAAAUAUGAAAGCACUGUUUCAAGCAAAUAAAGUCGAUGAGGCUUCUGAACGAAAUCGUUUAUUGUAUUAUGAUCAAACCACAAUGGAGAAACAUAUAUGUGGUGCGUUAUUCUUUCCUAAUUCUAGGGAUAUAAUGAGAAACACUGUAAGACUAGUUUGUGGCGCGUCCGCGAAAGUUGUGUCUGUACUGUUUUACUUACACCAGUGUUACAGAACUAGUAGUUCUAGAAAUCACUUAGACGGUAACAACACGAAGUUUCGAGAAAAACUUCAUGGUUACUGCAGAAAACGUCUAGCAAACAAAUUACAGAAAAGCGUCGCUAACAUUACACUGAGAGCAAAGGCUAUAAAAAAAAUAAGUUCCCAUUCAGACGAACAAGUAAUAUUAAAAACUAUAAAAGGUGAUACUAAUUACGUGUGUAGUUUACUUGCAAUGGCGUUAAACCCUGAAGAACUACGUAACAUUGAGUUCGAAACACAACUGCUCACAGCAAAAGAAGUCAGAAUAAUCAAAUCUAUGAUUAAAGGAAAGGCAAAAAGGUUUGUUGUACAAUACGAGGAACAUUUUUGGAGACAAGAAGGGUACAGUGGUGAUAUACUAAGCGUAAAAGGCCCAAUAAUUUGGGCCACUGAACGCCCAAAGAUAUCAUCAACCGGUAGUAUGGAAAAAUAUGCAGCCUUAAUAGGUUAUUUGACAGUUAAAAAUGAUGAAGUCGAUUCUAAAGACGCAGUUCUGAAGCAACUAGUAAGACUCUUUGGUGAAGAAGCGGCAACACCUAUAAAUUACAAAGAAACAGAUAUAUCAGACAUUUAUGUACCAAGAUGUGGCGACUUCAUCGCUUUAAGACGACUUACUUUAAAACCUAAGCCCAAAAAUCUUGAAUGGGGCGCGUUAGAUGUAUUCGGUGAUGGAGACAUCGCGUCAGCUUUGGAAGCGGGUCACGUUGCGUAUUUACAUUUAUUGAGUUACCUUCGUCCUCAAGCACAGAACUAUGACGAAGUUUGCAUCGCUGAAUGGCCGACGAUGUUAAAUGACAAUCCAUUUAGAGAGUGGUUAGCUCAGUUAUCAAUUACGACAAGUAUUCGUCUUGUCGCAUACACAGCGGUUGCGUAUAUAGGCAUACGAUUAAUUCAGUCAUUUGUGAAGAAAUAA